AUGACCAGACCAUCAGCACCUCGUUUAACAGCUGAUUAUUAUACAUACUCAACAUACUCCGCGGUUGGAAACAUUUUCAAAAACUAGUCUUGAAGCAAAAUACUUUUUUAGAGAGAUGAUAACUACGGCGGGAUUGAGCCCAAACACGAGCCACAAGAGCAUAUGCAAAGUUUCGCCCCCGCUCGAAGAGAGCCAACCUCUUCGAAAAAUCAGUUCGACAAAAAUGGAAGUAAAGUCAGUAAACAUUAUUUUAAAAAACUGAAACAGUUUGAUGGUAGCAAUUUAACUGAACAUUUCACUUACAGGAUACAUCAUCAGUUCAUUUUACUGCUUGCAUCUACUCUGUUCUGGCACUUACCAUUAUUGCACUCGUCUGUUUCUUGUAUUAUUAUGGAAUCAAAAAUCGAGUACGAUAAGCUUACGAAAUUGUUUUAGUUGAGAAAAUUCCAGUUUGUAAUUUGUCUUGCGGGUAUUAUGGGAGGAGUUGUGCUCAGCAGCUUUUUGAUGCAUCUUGCUAUCAUUCGUCACCAACCAUUCCUGUGUAUUCCUUUUGUUGUGAUGAGGGUGAGUUUAUAGUUUAAAAACAAUAUAUUUUUCUUUAUAUAUUUCAUUACAGACUCUGGAAACCUUUAUCAGUGGAAUACUCGUCUUAGCUUUUGCAUACGCUACUAUCCGAAAUAAUAGCGAAAUUUUUAUAUUUUUCUUGCAAUGCACAAAGUUGAUGGUACGAUUAGUAUCGCCUCAAAUUAGACUAGAUCUUGUUGACGGUUCGUUCUACAACCUACAAAUGUUACAAUACUAUGUAUAAUUUUUAUAGCAACUCUUCAAUUCUGCAUCAUCGGUUUCUGCAUCUCUUUGACUCUUCUUUCCAUUUCCGUCUACGUCUGCCGUGUUGCAUUUUACUGCACGUUGUCUAUUGCUGAUGAAGUGAGGCACAGGCGGUCCUAUAAGAACAUGAACACCUUCCAAAAAAGAUUUGUCGGUGACGAACUUUACUGUUCCUAA